CGCGCGCCACCCGGAAGUCUCGCGAGAGCCAGCGGAGGCUGCCCUUGGUGGCGCAGAGCCGGAGGGGUCCUCCGUGCGGGGCGCGGGGUGCGCGGCCAUGGCGCGAAGGCUUUUUCAACAUUACAGUGACAUCCCCGAAGGCACCGAGUGCCACCGCAAAGCCUACGUCAGCACCGGUAUCGGCGGCGCCGUCGGCCUGACCGUCUCUGCUUACAGUAUCGCACUCAACCCCGCGGACUCCAUCCUCGAGGGAGUGGCCAGGGUGGGACGAUACACGUUUACUGCAGCUGCCAUCGGAGCCAUGUUUGGCCUCACAUCCUGCGUCAGCGCCCAGGUCCGUGAGAAGCCCGAUGACCCCCUGAAUUAUUUCAUUGGUGGCUGCGCCGGAGGACUGACGCUGGGAGCACGCACUCACAGCUAUGGGGUCGCCGCCACCAGCUGCGUGUACAUGGGCGCCGCUGCCGCUUUGUUCAAGAUGGGCCAGCUGGAGGGCUGGGAGCUGUUCGCGAAACCCAAGGUGUGAGCCCUGCCCUCCGCCGGGAUCUCAGCAGGCCAAAAUGCAUCUAGAAAUAAAUUCUGUGUCUAUGUGUG